GACGGUUUGCCUACUCAACUUAGUUGCUGUAGCUUCAAUGAGGAUGACAGAAAUGUUUCUAGUAAGUCUCUUUCUCACACUCAUCAUUCUGUCUGUAACAGUCAAUGUAGAGGUCACUGCAUUUACGCAUCACUCUGUUACACAAUCGAGGGACGAACCGUGGAAUCCCCAAACCAUGCUGUUAACCAUACAAAGCUACGUAGCCUGGGGAUCGCCCGACGGUCAACUGAUGCCAGACUGUGAGGCCUUCGACGCCAUAUUCACCGGCAACAAGACGUGGGAGAGUCCAUUCGUCGUUCCCUACGGAUUCGCUAUGAUCGACAUAGAGAAAUACUGCAAAGAGCUGGCACAGAACAUUACUUGGCACAGUGGCAAACUUGAGACGGGCAACGUCGUUUACCCUCUCUACUACGGACAGACUGACACAAAACCAUACAGAGUUGCAUUCGUGUGGAACGCUAUUGGAGAGUCAUCUUACCGUGAGAUAUUUGGUCUCAAGCAGUACGACUUCACUAUCGUCAGCACCGUGCAGUUCUACAACGAGACGGCCAUAUUUACUGGCAAAGACAUUUUCUGGCCUCAGAGCCAGGGUGACGUUCCAGACGUUCUAAUGACGAUGAUUAAUCAAUAUAUCUCAUUCAUGCAAGGCGAUUGCACCAAGUAUCUUGACCUGUGGGACAAGUAUGGUUAUAUCCAACCGAGUGGAUCGGAUGGGUUUUAUGGAACAGACAACAUCCUGUCCUAUUGUAGCAAGAUGAUGUAUGAAUGGAGCUCUUACACGUAUCAUCUUCACGACGUCACAUUCUCGGUUUUCAGCUACACCGGGGUGAUCAACGAGGUCGCUUUCACGUGGACAAGAACUGGACUACAUCUUGGUGAAGUGAGAACCGAUGAGGUGAUGACCGAGUUGUACUUGUUUCAGGAUAACACCCCACUGAAGACGCUAAAGAUCAGUUCCUCAACUGAGUACUUUCAGCCGCCAUUUAGACCAUCUCGUAGGUUUGCCAGCAAAGCCGAGGGCGAGUAGAGCAACUUUUGACAUGCAAUUAUUUUUAAAUUGUGUAGUGGCAACUACUCUUUUGCCCAUGCUUGACGGGUCUUCUUUGCAGCUAGUGAUGGUAUAUACGGGCAAUGAAAGCUCUAAAAAUAGUAGGAAAUCGAUUAGUCACUCUUAAGCAAAUCUUGGAUCUAGAAUUGUAUUGCGCGUACACGUGAGAGCACGUGAGAGAAGCCACUGCAUGUAGAGAUAGACUUGAAGAUCGGGUUGCUU